AUGAAUCUCAGCCACGGCAAGGGAUCCACUUCGAGUUCUCCUCUGAAAGCAGGAGACACCGUCUCCGACCAGUUCCCGGCGGGUCUCCGGGUACUGGUUGUGGAUGAUGACCCCACUUGCCUUAUGAUCCUUGAGAGGAUGCUGCGUGCUUGUCUCUAUGAAGUGACGAAAUGCAAGCGAGCGGAGGUUGCAUUGUCGCUUCUGAGAGAGAACAAAAAUGGGUUUGAUAUCGUUUUAAGUGAUGUGCAUAUGCCAGAUAUGGAUGGAUUUAAGCUUUUGGAGCAUAUUGGGUUGGAGAUGGACCUUCCAGUUAUUAUGAUGUCAGCUGAUGAUGGAAAACAAGUUGUGAUGAAAGGGGUGACACAUGGUGCCUGUGAUUACCUGAUUAAACCUGUUCGGAUUGAGGCUUUGAAGAAUAUAUGGCAGCAUGUGGUUCGGAUGAGAAAGAAUGGUUUGAGAGAUGUGGAGCAAUCUGGUAGCAUGGAAGAAGGAGAUCGGCCUCCAAAGGGAUCAGAUGACGGAAAUUACUCGUCUUCGGUGAAUGAAGCCAAAAGCUCAAAGAAGAGGAGGGAUGAGGACGAGGAAGGAGAUGAGAGGGAUGAUUCCUCCACGUUGAAGAAGCCGCGAGUUGUUUGGUCUGUUGAGCUUCAUCAACAGUUUAUGGCUGUUGUGAAUCAACUUGGAAUUGAUAAGGCUGUUCCUAAAAAGAUUUUGGAAUUGAUGAAUGUUCCUGGGCUUACUAGAGAAAAUGUUGCUAGCCAUCUUCAGAAAUACCGUUUGUAUCUUAGAAGGCUGAGUGGAGUUUCACAGCAGCAGGGUAACUUGAGCAACUCCUUCAUGAGCUCACAAGAAGCAACAUUUGGGGGAACCUCAAUCAAUGGAAUUGAUCUUCAAACCCUUUCAGCUGCUGGCCAGUUCCCAUCACAAAGUCUAGCCAAGUUUCAAGCUGCUGGACUUGGCAGGACAACUGCCAAAGCAGGUAUGCCUAUGUCUCUAUCCGAUCAAAAGAACCUUUUCAGUUUUGAGAACCCAAGAUUAAGAUUUGGAGAAGGGUCACUACAACAUUUAAGCAACAGUAAGCCAAUAAACUUGCUUCACGGAAUUCCAACCAACAUGGAGCCAAAGCAACUUGCCAAUUUGCACCAAUCUACCCAACCCCUUGGUAGCUUGAAUAUGCGAGUCAAUUCUCCUGCCACGCAGAACAACCCCUUGCUGAUGCAGAUGACUCAGUCUCAACCAAGAGGUCAGUUGCUAAGUGAAAAUGCCAGUUCUCAUGUAACCAGGUAUCCGUCAUCUUUGGUGCAGCCUACAGUACCAAAUGGUAUUUCUAGUGGUGUUUUGGGAAAUGCAAUUGCUGGAACCAGCAACAUAACUACUACUUAUAACCCUGUUCAACAAAACUCUUCAUUGUUGAGUUUUCCCAUGAACCAAACCAAUGAAAUGUCUGCCAGUAAUUUCCAUCUUAGAAGCACUCCAGGUAUAACUAGUAUCCCAAAUAAAGGUAUGUUUCAUGAAGAAGGUACCUCUGGUGUUAAAGGAUCUGGUGGAUUUGUUCAAGGUUAUGACAUGUUUAAUGACCUUCACCAUCAGAAGUCCCAUGAUUGGGACUUAACAAACACAGGCAUGACAUAUGAUGCUUCUCAGCAUGCAAAUCCUUUACAAGGUGAAGGCAUGCAUCAGAGUAGUCUCCAAAAUAUUGGUCAACACCACAAUAACCUUCUUCUUGACAAUUCAGUAAGGGUUAAGGCUGAAAGAAUUCCUGAUCCUAGCUGUCAGAUUAAUAACCUCUUCUCUGACCAAUAUGGUCAGGAGGAUCUUGUCAGUGCAUUUCUGAAACAGCAAGAAGGCGUUGGAACAGCUGAAAAUGAGUUUGACUUUGAUGGAUAUUCCUUAGACAACAUUCCAGUUUAGAACAGAUUCUGCCCGUUCUCUUCCUAAUUGCAGUCGCCAAUGCAAAUAGUUGGCGUUCCAUUUGAACCAAAUCGCACUGCAAUUAGUUUGUUUGGAUCUUAGUUUAAAUUUUUCAACAAAUAGAAUUUAAUUGAUGUAAAAAAUUCAGGCUUCAGGGAGUAGUAUGUUAUUAUGAUUUAGUCUGGAUGCUUAAAAGAUGAAUAACAACAAACUUUAAAUGCAUGUGUGCAAAAGGCAUAUUUGCAAUUUUUUGGCUGCUUUCGUUUGCCAAGGUUCUAGCAAGCUUAUGUUGUUAAGGUGUACAUGAAGACACUGGUUUAGGGAAAAACUGUAGAGGGCAAGGCUUUGAUACACCUGCAGACUUGUAGGAGCAUUUUAACUUAAUAACACAUUAUGAAAUAUUUUUUCCCUUGCUCCUUUUU